AUGACCAGUUUCACGAAGAUUCCGGACGAGGAGCGUCCGGUCAUUUCCGUGGAUGCGACACAUACUAUCGCGCGCAUCGAGGCUAAUACCUAUGGAGGCUUCACAGAGCACAUGGGACGAUGUAUCUACGGGGGCAUCUACGACCCGGGAAAUCCUCUCUCGGAUGAGAACGGAUUCAGGACGGACGUCAUCAAAGCAAUGAAGGACCUCAACGUUCCCGUCGUGCGAUACCCUGGCGGAAACUUCGUCGCCACGUACCACUGGCUAGACGGCGUCGGGCCUAGAGAGAAGCGUCCGAAGAGGCAUGACCUCGCCUGGGCUGGCGUCGAGAGCAACCAAUUCGGCACCGAUGAGUUCCUUAAGUGGUGUGAGAUUGUAGGGACGGAGCCAUACUUUGCCCUCAACUUUGGCACUGGCACCCUCGAUGAAGCUCUGGCGUGGGUGGAGUACUGCAACUCCGAUGCCGAUACUUUCUACGCGAACCUGAGACGGCAGAACGGACGGGAGAAACCAUACAAGGUCAAAUACUGGGCCCUAGGAAAUGAGAUGUGGGGGCCCUGGCAAGUCGGCCAGAUGACCAAGGAGGCAUAUGCCGACAAAGCUUACCAGUGGGCUAAAGCCCUCAAGCUCCUCGACCCGUCCAUCGUCUUGAUCCUCUGCGGAGAGACGGGCUACUCUUCUUGGGACUCGUAUGUUAUCAAGGAGUGCAUCCGCUACGAUCUUCAUGGACUAGGAGGCAGCACCACGGCCUCUUUGAUCGAUAUGCACUCUAUUCACAUUUACACCGCCUCAGACGACCACUUGAAAAAUGUCACCGCCCCUCGCUCUGCUGAGCGCGCCAUCCAGAUUGCCGCGAGCCUUAUUGACCUCGCGCGCAUCGAAAACAAAGUCCCCCAUACCGUCCCCCGCCAGAAGAUAUGCUUCGACGAGUGGAACGUAUGGGAUCCUCAGCGGGCACCCGGCGAAAAGGGCGCUGAGGAAGCCUACACCCUCUCCGAUGCCCUCGCCGUCGCCGUUUGGCUCAACGUGUUCGUGCGACAGGCGGAGCACAUAGGGAUGGCAAAUAUCGCGCAAUCCGUAAACGUCAUCUCCCCGCUCAUGACGACUAAAGAGGGGAUCGUGAAGCAGCCGCCCUGGUGGCCCCUCGUGCUAUUCAGUAAGUACAUGAGGGGUCAGAGCCUGGCAGUGAACGUCCGUUGCGGCGAGUACGAGGGGCAGACGAGCCCGGGUUGGAUCCGGGGCACCGUGGAGACUCCUUGGUUGGAUGUUAGCGCUGCGCUGCAGGAUAAUGGCGUCGUUUCGUUGGCUGUUGUGAAUAUCACGGAGAACAGGGCGAUUGAGACACAGUUGAAGGGGAUCCCGGCCGGUGCGAAGGUCGAGGUGCACAAGGUUACGGGAAAGAGCGUGUUAGAACGAGACGCGGGGAUUUCAAAGGAGGACAUCACAUGGCCCUCGAGCCAUUGCUUUGAGUUCCCUGCUGCAUCUCUUACUUUGCUGCGGUAUAAGCCUUAG